GAUGUGGGUCAGACUGUGUCUGAACUGAGAGAGAAACUAGAAGACUUCCUUAAAGGAGAAUGGACCAAGAUCUCCACUACAGUGAAUAUAGUGGAUGUUGUACUGCCUCCAGAGCCCAAGACCAGAGAACAGUUGUUACAAUAUUCCUGUCAGCUCACACUGGACCCAAACACAGCAGACACACUCCUCUCUCUGUCUGAAGGGAACAGAAAGGUGACACGUACACACCAAGUCCAACCAUAUCCUGACCAUCCAGACAGAUUCACCAACUGGUGUCAGGUUCUGUGUAGAGAGGGUCUGUCUGGACGCUGUUACUGGGAGGUGGAGAGGACUGGUGGUGUUGCUAAAGCAGUAACAUAUAAAGACAUCAGCAGAACAGUGAAGGGUAAUGAUGGUGGAUUUGGAUACAAUAACAAGUCCUGGAGUUUAAAGUGCUCUAGUGUUGGUUAUUGUUUCAGACACAAUAAUGUUGUGACUAAAGUAUCAGACCCUCAGUCCUCCAGAGUAGGAGUGUACCUGGAUCACAAGGCAGGUACUCUGUCCUUCUACAGUGUCUCUGACACAAUGACCCUCCUCCACAGAGUCCAGACCACAUUCACUCAGCCCCUCUAUCCUGGGUUUAGGCUCUAUUAUUAUUAUAAUGAUACUGCUGAGCUGGUUAAACUGUAAACUGAUUUGUUAUUAAUUAAAAUUCAAUCCAAUGUUUUAAUCCUGUACAUUUCCUAAACAGUAUGUUCAAUGUAGAUGUCCAGGAAACCGGCCCUAAAUGUGUCAUCUUUCAUCCUCCCAUACUGCUCAGUCCAGCAACAUUAAACCUGUCCAGCAGGUGGUGCUGUUGACCAAACAAUAAAACCAGCAGAUAUCUUGACUUGCCACUCAGUAUAUCAGUAAUGUUCAGAAUAGUACUUUAAUAUCAUUGGAGAUUGAUGGUCUUUUUAAUCCACUAUCCAGAGUCAGGAACAGAUGAAGUUAGGUCUGCUACUGUUCAGUGAUUAAAUAUGAUUUAUGGUGAUGGGAAAUAAUAAAAAACACUCA